ACUACGUGUUUUGUGAUAGGCUCCAUGCACAGGGACAUCUGCUGAAAACAGAAGAUCUUCCUGGUUUCUAUGGAAGAAGGAAAAGCUGAACUUGAGCUCUGCACUGUCUGGACAAUAGCCUUCAGGACUGCAGUCAUAACCUGCCUAUGGGAACCACAUCACAUCUUCAUCACAAACACAACAAAUGCUUCCUUCAAUUUCAACGAGUGUUAAUGGAUCAUUUAUGUGCUGAGGAAAUAAAACAUGUAUAGGUUAGUGAUGGGUCAGAAUGAAAAAUUUAAACUUGUCAUUUGCUGCAUGUGGAUUUCUUGGAAUUUACCACUUGGGGGUAGCAUCUGCUUUAAUAAAACACGGUCAGAGAAUGCUAAAUGCUGUGAAUAUCUUUGCUGGAGCUUCUGCAGGAUCCCUUGUUGCCGCAGUUCUUUUAACAGCUCCAGACAGAAUAAAGGAAAGCAAGGAUUUCAUCUUUUUAUUUUCAGAAGAAGUCAGAAAGCAGACCCUUGGGGCCUUUACGCCAAGAUACGAUUUUAUGAAACGCUUAAGGGGAGGAAUACAAUCUAUUCUUCCAUCCAAAGCCCAUGAGGUAGCUGAGAAUCGUCUCUGUAUAUCCAUCACAAACACCAAAAGCAGAGAAAAUUGCUUGGUUUCAAAUUUUGCCACCAGGGAGGAACUCAUUAAGGUACUUUUGGCAAGUAGUUUUGUACCUGUGUAUGCUGGAAUCAAAGCUGUGGAAUAUAAAGGAGAGGAUUGGAUAGAUGGGAGUUUUACAAAUAGCCUUCCAAUUUUGCCUAUGGGAAGGACUGUAACCGUGUCCCCCUUUUCUGGUCGAUUAGAUAUCUGCCCACGGGAUAAAGGUCAUAUGGAUAUAUAUGUAAAUCUUGCCAAGCAGGACACUAUGCUAUCAACAGCCAAUCUUGAAAGACUCAAACAAGCAUUAUUCCCCCCACCUCUGGAAAAAAUGGAGUCUCUUUAUCAGGAGGGUUUUAAAGAUGGAACAAACUUUCUGCAAACAGAAAAUUGGUUUGAAUAGAGAAGCACUUAAAUUAAGCAUCGUCAGUUUUGCUUGUUGUGAGAUAAUCAAAAACAUUAUCUUCAUGUUUAUGUUGAUUUACAGACCACAAUUCAAGAUAAAUGCAUUGAAUAUGAGCAAUGUCCUAACCACAAUUUCUUAUCUUGUUGAUAUUUCAGAAAUGAUGGAAAAGUGGGAUAGAAACUGCAAUGAGUAAUUGACUAAAAGGAAAUUAUAGAGUUCAGUUGCCAACAGAUAUAAAUUCCCAAGUGCAUAAAUUUUACGUUGUGACUAAAUAUAUUUCUAAUUGUAAAUAAAGUUAAAAUGACGUAUUUUGAGGGGGGGGGGGGGGAUACUUUAUAUGAGAAUCUAAACAUGCAUUUAGAGCAUAACAUAUGGGCAUGCCUUUUAUGAUGAAUAAUUUAGCUACUGACAUUUGAAAAAAGUGCUAAUUAUAUUUGAAAAUGUUUGUUCUUCAAUCUUCUCUUGGACAAAAAAUGUUUAGUAAUUACAUGUAUUAUAUUGAGUCUGUCCUAUAUAUGAAUUGUGACUUUUUUCGAUAA